CAGCAGACCGGACUCAUCCCGACAGAGAGAAUCAUUCCCAUAGUCCUCGUCCUGUGACGAGUUUCUCCCUAUCUAUUCCGACGGGUUCCCUCGUCGAAAUGUCCGCCCCUGUAGAUGCAACGACAUCAACAUCUGCAUCCACCUUUAAAGCAUUGUCCUAUGCCGAGCGCAUAAGAAAGUCCCAGACUGUCCCGGACCAGGUCACCGACCAGAAAGGCGAGACGUCUCACGCCAACGGCAUCGUACCUCGCCGGAAUGGCGGUAUCGCGGCUUCCGUCACGCCAGUAAACGGCAGAUCAUCAAAAGGUACGACCACGACGAUACAAGACGGAUCAAAACAAGAGGGAGAGGGAGAGGAAGACGUUACCGAAUGGCAGGAAGUACCGGGUCGGAGUAAAAAGGAGUCCAAGGCGGACAAGCUGAGAGCAUCGGCGGAUCACAAGUCGACGAGCGGGAAGAAGGAUGCUGGACCGAGCAGAGUCAAUCCGUCAACGGAUAAUGAUACAAAUGGACCGCUAAACAAAGCCGAACCUAGGGGGGCUGCGCAGACGGUAUGGAGAAGCCUGGCGACAACAACAAAAACGACCACAACCCCUACUGCCCAGACCGAAUCCCCUACCAAUGCAGUCCGGGCGUCGGACGAACCCACCCCAACGCACGGUACGGAUAUCGCUGGGACAAGUGUCGAGCCUCCCAAACCCGUGGCCACUAUUGCCCCGGAAGCGACUCUGCCCGAGACUAUUCGAACGCCUAUCGUCAAUAUCUGGCAAGCGAGAAAGGAGAAGAUGUCGGCAUCCUUACCAGCGAAUGCGGUCGCUUCCUCGUCGUCAUCCUCGAUCAUAAAAUCGCAAACCCCUGCGGCCGCAGGAUCCAGCUCGAAACAGCUAUCAUCAAAGGGAGCAGCCGCUUCGAGCGCAAGUCCCGGUUCGAAAAAGGCCAAUCCUGAUCUCAAACCAUCCGUCAAGUCCACCGGCAAGAAUGCUGGAAAGUCUUCGAAACCUACGGAACCGUUACCGAGUCUCGCCGAUCCUACCGCCUGGCCGGAUGUAUCCUUGGCAGCGCUUGGGGGAAGCAAAACUACAAAUGCAGGACCUUCUAACAAGGUGCGAACGACCAUCACGGAAGAUGCCGAGGAGACGCCAGCCUCUGCAUCGGUGCCAAAAAAAACGAAAUGGACUGCAAUUCCUGCGGCUGAGAUGCAGGAAGCUCUAGAUCGAGCGCAAAGGCAAAAGAAGGCAGAACAAGCGGCAGAGUCGAAAAGCAAGAAGACCGCUUCCAGUCCGGCGAUAGAAGGCGGAGGGAAGCCCGCCGGGGGCACAGCCGGGUCAAGCACAAAGAAGAGCGUCGCGGGGCUUGGUGGCGCGAAAGGCACACGUUCAGGCAGUGUGCCAAAUGGUCACGAGUCGAGUAAGAAGGGCAAGGCCGGUGCAGCUAAAACCGAACGAGCGAGCCAGGAUGUGAGCAUCAAUAAGCUCGUCGAACCCGCUCUGCGCAAGGCAGGCGAGGCGACUGCGGAACGCAUAGAAGACGUCGAUGGGACUCAGAUAGGGAGUUCAAAAAAGAGAUCAUCAGACGACGCUGCCGGUCUCGCCUCAUCAAGUCAUAUUCCAUCUACACCGCAGGCGGCGACUUCCAGCUUGCCAUCAGACGAUUCGCCAGUUACGCGCUCGAAAGGAGGAUCAGGAGGAGAUCGGGAAAGAGGGAGGACCCAUCCGAGCGGAACUCCAUCGGCGAGCAAGGCUCAGAACCUCUAUCCACCGCAGGGGAGCGGUUCGCCCGGGACCGUGCCAUCACCCAGCCAAGCCAAUCAUUCGCGAUCUGGCAACCCUCCUGCUCAGAGUCGUGGCGGACGUGGAGGGCGCGGUGGUCGAGGCGGUCGCGGAGGUGGCACGCAAGGUGGAUUCGGUCGUUCCCAUUCGGAACAACACUCCCCUUUGACGUCUCCGCCUGCGGGACGAUCGCCGAGCUUGCCCAGUCAUACCGGACCACAAGGCUUCGGUCGACGAGCUACUGAAAGCCAAGCUGCUCAGAGUUCCUCCGCUGGGUACAGCUAUGGACCGACGUUCUAUAGCUCUCCCUAUCACUACCCGAUCGUUACGGGAGGAUUCGUGCCGCCUACGGAUGGCAAUCUCGAAGCAUACGAUCAAGCCAGCUACGGCGGCGGCGCAGCUCCCUUUCCUCGUCCGGUGACCCAGAUCUCCGGACUCGACACUCUGAGGUCGUUUAUCCUUGGUCAACUGGAAUAUUACUUUAGUAUGCAGAAUCUGGCUAUGGAUUUCUUCUUGCGACAACAGAUGGACAAUCAAGGAUGGGUCGAUAUCACGAUGAUCUCCUCGUUCAACAGGAUCAAAUCGUUGACAGCCGAUUUGGAGACGGUCAAAGAGGUGGCUAGCCUCAGCACGAUCCUCGAGAUUUGCGAUCAAAACAUUCGUCUGGCGCACGGUCAAUGGCGCCAAUGGGUCUUGCCCGAUGCUCGACCGUCCGCGAUCGGAAGCGACGGCGAAGCACCUGUCGCUUACAAGGGCGAGAUGCCGUUCGGAAUGCCCGGAGGAGACUUUUCUUCCCAAGCCAGAGACAAGUUGGUCGGCGAUAUUCAUCGGGACGUGAUGAGGUCGAGCCCGAUGCAUCUACAGGCUGCUUCUGGGUUGACCAAGUCGGUCCCGGGAGGACUCGAGGCUGAAAGUGCUGCCAGUCAGACGACGGCGACGGACGAGGCUCACGCGACCAAGACGAACACGCCGGCGACGUCGGUUUCUGACGAUCCAGAUCCUCAUGACAAGCUCGAGAUCAUCCUGUGACAGCCCCUUGACGCUCGUCAUGCCUGAAUCGCGCUUC